AUGAACUGUGAGCCGUGUCUGAAUGACACUGUUUUUGUAGAUAUGAACUGUGAGCCGUGUCUGAAUGACACUGUUUUUGUAGAUAUGAACUGUGAGCCGUGUCUGAAUGGUGGCGUCAUGUCCACCUCCACUGGGGACUGCUCUUGUAACUGUCGUAAUGGAUACUCGGGUCGACGAUGUGAACUGUGUAACAAGGACUGUACUCAACAGAGAGGGCUCACUUCGGAAGUCGGUGGUGUCUGUACGUGUGUCUGUAGAGCUGGCGAGCAACUCAUCAACAACCUCUGUCAACGAGAAGUGCGACCGUGCCCUUUGAACUGCGUCAACGGCAGACCAUCGUCCACAACAGACAACUGCAAGUGCAUGUGUAACGCUGGCUGGUCCGGACAACUCUGUGACCAAAAGGUGUGUUCUCCGGCUGACUGCAGUUACCGCGGCACGUCGCGAUUUGACAGCAAGACGAGCAAGUGUGUCUGUGACUGUAACGUCGGCUAUAGUGGUGAUCGCUGUCAAAAUGCACCAACUACUCCGACACCAACAUGUGCCGUGGACUACUGCAACUACAACGGCGCUGUGUCUGGAUCUCCACCUAACUGCAGAUGUAAUUGUUAUGGAGGCUAUUCUGGCAACCAGUGUCAAAUAGUACCAACUACUCCUAUACCAAGAUGUGCCGCCAACUACUGCAACUACCAAGGCACCGUUACUGGAUCUCCGCCGAACUGUCGAUGUAAUUGUUAUAGAGGCUUCUCUGGCAACCAGUGUCAAACAGCAAUAACUACCCCUACACCAACAUGUGCCGCCAACUACUGCAACUACCAAGGCGCCGUUACUGGAUCUCCGCCGAACUGUCGAUGUAAUUGUUAUAGAGGCUUCUCUGGCAACCAGUGUCAAACAGGUAUGUCCUUCACAGACAUCAGAAGAUGA